CUUUGUACUGCUGUGGGCACAUUUGAAAACGUGGUGGUUUGAAAAAGCACCAGGACGAGGUUGGAUGGACAGACCGGAGGAUCUUUCAAACUGCUUGAAGGACGUGACUGGCUUCCUUUUUGGCUAUCCUUACCGCAGAGGAUGGGAAUUUUCUAUUUUGGGAAUAAGAUCUGAUCCGCAGUCCUGGAGAGAAAGAUCUUGAUCAUCCUUCACAUCAGCAGUGCAUGCUUGUGCAGCCUACUGAAAUGAAACUGAAAUGAACAGUAAAGAGCAAUGCCAGAAAAAUAUUUUUUUCUGUAUUAACAUUAAUGUCUAUAUCUCUACUAUUAAGAUUGAAGAAAGCUAAAAUACCUAAGUCAUCUAGAAAAAUGCUGCCAGACUGCAGUGGACCAAAAAAGUUUUGACAUUCCUCCCCCACUGCCUCCUCUGCAUCUGAGAACCCAGACUCCCUUGGAAGAGACGCAAAGGAACCCCAUCCCACCUUGGUCAACAAGAUUCCCAGCGCUUUUUAAGCACUUUCGCCGAAAUGUCAGACGCCGGAUCAACAACCUUACGAGAUUUUCUUAUAAACUUAGCAAUAUAAAAGAGAUAAAAAACCAAAAAGCGCGCUCUCGGUGAAGCCCAGCAUCAGCACCAGCAUCCGAAGCGCGUCCCCGCCCCGGUAGAGGCUGCCCGAGAUCCCGGGAAGAGGAGUUGGAGCUGUGCGAGUUAAAGUUGGAUUAAAAAGGGGGUGAGAGGAUGCUGCAGAGGAAUCUUCGAUCUAAUUAACAUAGCCUAUGUGGAGAAACGUCUUUCUAAGUGAAGGAUGACUUGCAAAAUAUUGAGCAUAUGCCUCUUGUUUUUGGGUUUUCAACAUUGCUCAUCACGAGAAUGUGUUGAUCCACUCAUCUCUGGGCUCUAUGCCUCCUCAUUCCUGGCCUCUUCAAGAUAUAAUUUUCUGUACUCUGCCAACUUUGCAAAACUUUAUGGGAGCAGCGGCUGGUCCCCGUCCCCCAGAGACAAACAGCCAUGGCUGCAGGUUGACUUGGGCAGAAAGUACAGACUAGUGGCAAUCGCAACCCAGGGGACGUUUAAUUCUUAUGACUGGAUCUCCAAGUACACACUUCUCUAUGGAGACAGACCAGACUCCUGGACACCAUAUAUCAUGAAAGGAGGAAAUUCGACCCUGCCUGCUAACUGGAAUUACUAUCAGGUGAAGAGGAAUGUCUUCCAUUAUGCCUUCACUGCUAAACACAUUCGUCUGUUGCCUCUGGAGUGGAACACAGAGAAUGGAGGAAAGAUUGGUGUCAGACUGGAGCUCUAUGGCUGCUCUUAUGAUUCCUAUGUGCUGCAAUACAACGGAGAUGAUGCAGUGGUUUACACCUAUCCAGGAAAAAGGUUGCGUACUUUGCAUGACCACAUUGCCAUAAACUUUAAGACUCUGGAGCAAGAUGGUCUGCUGUUACACAGCGAGGGGAUUCAGGGAGACCUAUUGACCCUGGAGCUAAAAAAAGGUCGUCUUUAUCUGCACAUCAGCCUUGGAAGCAGCAUUAUACACAAAGUCGAUGGCCGAAUCACUCUGACAGCAGGUAGCCUUUUGGAUAAUCUGCACUGGCACUAUGUCACUAUCAAGCGCCAUGGUCGACAGGUGAACUUUACAGUGGACAGUCAGACAGUGACAGCUGUUUGUAAGGGAGAAUUUACUCACCUGGAUCUGGAUGAUCAGAUGUACGUUGGAGGAGUAAUAGAGCCAAACCUGCCUCACCUUCCUACCAUACCGAAUUUCCGUGGGUGUCUGGAAAAUGUCUUUAUUAAUGGAGUCAAUGUAAUUGACAAAGCCAAGAGAGAAGACCCUGAUGUUCAGAUUCCUCGAAAGAAAAAGAUGCAUUUUGCCUGUCGAGACAUUCUGCUUAGACCCAUGACGUUUGCUGGACCAAACAACUUCUUGCAAGUGCCGGGGUUCUUCGGUCGGCCAAAGCUGUUCGUCAAGUUUAAGUUUCGCUCCUGGGACUACACUGGGCUGCUGAUGUUCACACGCUUUGCUGAUAACCUCGGUGCCCUUGAGUUAGGUCUCAGUGAGGGUCAAAUCAAUGUCACCAUUUUCCAGACGGGAAAGAAGAAAAUUCAGUUUGGUGCAGGAUACCGGCUCAAUGACGGUUACUGGCAUACUGUGGAUUUGGCAGCCAGAGACAACCUACUGACUCUAACCAUUGACGAAGAAGAAGGUUCACCACUAAAGAUCACCAACCCCUUCAGCAUACGGACAGGGGAUCGCUACUUUUUUGGAGGUUGUCCGAAAACCAAUAACACAUUGUUCAAGUGUGAGACCAAACUGAAUCGUUUUCACGGCUGCAUGCAGCAUAUUUUUAUAGACAACGAGCAGCUUGAUAUUGACAUUACACUGCAGCGACAGUGGGCUCGAUACGAGGAGCUGUUGAUAGGAACGUGUGGGAUUACUGACAGAUGUACUCCAAACCCAUGCGAACAUGAGGGCAGAUGCAUCCAAUCUUGGGAUGACUUCAUCUGCAUUUGUGAAAAUACAGGCUACAAAGGAGAAGUGUGUCACAUGUCGGUUUACAAAGAGUCGUGUGAGGCCUACAGACUCAGCGGCAAGUACUGGUCUGGAAACUACACUAUCGAUCCUGAUCUCAGUGGGCCGCUAAAACCAUUUGAGGUGUACUGCAAAAUGAAGUCAUAUAAAGCUUGGACAGUGAUAAUGCAUGACCGAGUUGAAGGAACCAGAGUGACUGGAAGCUCGAUAGACAAGCCAUAUAUUGCAGAUGUGAACUACUGGAAUGCUUCAUGGGAUGAAGUCAGUGCUCUUGCCAACACCUCCAUGUACUGUGAGCAGUGGAUCGACUAUUCAUGCUAUAAGUCUCGCCUCCUCAACACCCCUGAUGGAAGGCCUUUUAGCUACUGGAUCGGACGGAAUAACGAGAGUCACUAUUACUGGGGCGGGACGUUCAGGGAAGUCCAAAAAUGUGGCUGUGCCAUCAACCAAACCUGUGUUGACCCCAAGUUUCAGUGCAACUGUGAUGCUGACUAUAGGCAAUGGUACUCAGAUAAAGGGUAUUUGGACUUCAGAGACCACCUGCCUGUGAGGAGAUUGGUGAUUGGGGACACGAACAGAACUGGUUCAGAAGCUCACUUCACAGUUGGUCCACUCCGUUGCCAUGGUGACAGAAAUAUUUGGAACACAAUAUCCUUCACCAAGCCCACCUACAUCACCUUCCCCACUUUCAGGCCUGGAUCAACAGCUGACAUCUCCUUCCAUUUUAAAACCUACCGUGCACCUGGUGUCUUCUUGGAGAACUCUGAUGACCAGCUUAGAAACUUUAUAAGAAUAGAACUAAACACCACUCACAAUCUUGUGUUUGUGUUUAUGGUUGGAGAUGGCAUCCUUAAUGUGACUCUUCGCUCGCCUGUGCCACUCAAUGACAAUGAGUGGCAUUUUGUUCAGGCUGAGAUUAAUGCAAAACUGGCACGAAUCAAGGUCGAUUACCAGCCUUGGGCUGUCAGACGGUUUCCAGGUCAGACCUUUGUCACCAUGGAGUUCACACACCCCAUCCUUGUAGGUGCAGCCAACCGCACCCUCAGACCUUUUUUGGGGUGCCUUCGAGGAUUACGCAUGAAUGGUGUUCCUCUUGAUUUGGAAGGAAAAGUAAAUGAGGAGCAAGGUAUAAGGAGGAACUGCUCUGGACAGUGUCUUAAUGCCACCAUACCAUGUCGAAACAGCGGGCAAUGCAUUGAGGGAUAUGCAGCCUACACUUGUGAUUGUAAUAACACAGCCUAUGAUGGUUUCUACUGCCACAAAGACAUCGGAGCUCACUUUGAGGUUGGGUCGUGGCUAAGGUACAACAUACGAAAGAAACCCAUUUCAGAUGAGGCAGCGUGGGCAAACUGGAUCGACCCACAUUACGACAAUUUCAGUCUCGGGUACAACGACACGUCAGAUGACAUAGAGUUCAGUUUCAGCACUGUUCACAAGCCAGCUGUAUUGCUGUACAUCAGUUCCUUUGUUCAAGACUACAUUGCUGUUAUCCUCAAGGUUGAUGGUAGCGUAGAUCUGCGGUAUAAGCUCGGGCUCAUAACACACACGUAUCAGCUGACUCACCGAAACCUGGCAGAUGGAUACCCUCACUAUGUGAACAUAACCAGACACAACAGAACCGUCAAAACACAGGUGGAUUACAUGGAACCCAUUGUGGAGAAGAUAACCCUUGUGGAAGAUGCUAGGUUUGACUCUCCAAAGUCCAUGUUCCUAGGCAGAGUUAUGGAGGUUGGUGACAUAGACUAUGAAAUCCAAAGGCACAAUGCUCCAGGCUUCAUUGGAUGCAUUUCUGGAGUGAGGUACAACGUCUAUGCCCCUCUGAAGGCGCUGUUCCGUCCAAAUGAAACAGAUCCGCCUGUAACAACGCAAGGUUAUGUCUCUGAGUCCAAUUGUGGGGCCUUUCCUCCUGUUCUGGGUUACGUGCCUUGGGAGGUGGACCCCUGGUUCACUGGCAUAGAAUAUUUUUAUAUUCAUGAUGAUCUUGGCCUGUUCUGGAUAACUUUUAUUGUCCUUCUGGCUUUGCUGCUGCUCUUGGGAGGUUUGUAUGCCAUCUACGUCUAUGCCUACCAGCAAAAAGGCAGUUACCACACCAAUGAACCCAAAAAUCUGGAGUCUCCAAGCAGCUCCAGGCCACUGACAGAAACCCUGAGGAGAGAAAAGAAGUAUCUACCAGAAAUUGAAGAAGAAUUUAGAAGUGGCUAGCAUCAUAGGACGUUUUGGACAAUGGGUGGGGGUUGGUAUGAGUUCGGAUCGAGGGAACUAGCACUUAAAAAAACACAGAUACCUGUAGUAAGUUUUCUAAUUGUUUGGUUUUAUUUUUUAUGUUUAGUUUUGUGUUUUGUUUGACAAAUGAGCGUCAUAAAACACGCCCGGUGCUCUGUUUUACACAAUCCUUGUUUUAGUAAGUUUAAAGCUGAAGUCAAGCCCCAUGUUGCAUGAGUAGCCAACAAGUCGCACACUGUAUUGCAGGGUGAAAUACUGAAGUGCCUCAUCUGAGCAAGCUCAAUCUGAACGCAUACUUGCUUCACCAGAGAGCGUUCAGAUAAGACACUGUGGGUGAAAAAAAAGGAAUUUCAAGAAACAUAUUCCAACUUUUAUUGAUUGAUUUCCUUUAUGAGCCAUUUUGGAGCCGGAUGAAAUUCAUCAAUAGCUUUCUAUAUAGACUGAUUGCCAUAUUAAUUAUACCUUUCAUGGACAAUCUCAGAUGAGCCAAUUCUGAAACAACAGCUAGUACUCCUAGAGCUCGACAACACACAUAUAUAAGCGCUGGUGAGCUGCAAGCAUUCAAAAGUAAAAAAAAUGAUGAUUAUGGACUUCAUCCAUACAAAGGUUGUAAAAGAUACAUUUGCUUAUAUUUGUUGUAUUACAGUCUAUAAUAGUGCAUUUCCAAUACAGAAUAGCACUUGUAAGUGGUUCCGAUUUGCCAUAGCACUGCUAGUUUGCCGUUUUGUCAAGUAGCCUGCUCAGAUUCACAACACAUGGUCAUGUGGAGUGAGAAUUUUAAGAAAUAGUACCUCAGACCGUGGAAGCUUGUGGAUUGUUGAUGUAAUGCUGGAGUCAAAGUGUAAAAUAAGAUUUCUGGGUGCAAAGUGCCCAGAAGUUUUCAUUUUUUCUGUCUUCUGGUCCCUUUUACUAUGGUCAAUCUGUCAGCAGCUUGGUGCUACAGUGUUUGACAGCUAUUUCUAGUGACAGAGUUAUACAAAUUAAAAAUCAGUCCUUCCAUAAUCCUUUGAUGUUUAGUAAUAGACUAAUUUCAGGGACACUCUGCUUUCUAUGGCCAUACAAGAAGCAAUUACAAAAACAUUUUUACAGAGGACCACAACAGCAUAAUACAAUUUAAUUAUCAGCACAAUUUUAUCUGACACUGCAAGGAAAUGUUUGCUUCCCAUUCUAGAAAAACACCAUCAUUGCUGCUCUUGCCUGGUUAGCUGCUUUUGUUAAAAUAAAAUAAAAUACAAACUUUAGUUCAAAUGGAUGUUAAGAAGAAUUUUAUUUGAUGUGUGGUGCUACCAAAAAUUUGAGUUAUCGUCAAUCACUACUGCUCUCCUUAACACUAAAACACUAUUGUGUAUGUGAAAUAAGCAGUUAAAAACAUACUAGCUAUGCAUAUGUAGAGCAUGAGCGCACUUUUGCAGUAAAAUGCAAUAAUAUAAGCUUCUUCCAGUCACUAACAGUUUUUUUUUUAUUUACAAAUUUUAAAUAGCAGAUAGGAUGUCAUCUAAAUAUGUAUA